UUGAUGCCUCAGUCUUGUGCGCGCGCUUACAAACAAACAGCUCGAGAGGCAUCACGCGCGUCUACGGUUAUGGUGGUGGUGAUGAUGAUGAUGGUGGUCCCUCAACCCGGAAGUGGAGCUGGAUGAUCUGUAUAUAUUUUUCGUUAUAAUAGUUAUUUUGUUCUUGAUUUCUUAAUAACCCGAAUGUGCGAUGGUUCUCGCGCGCGCCGCUGAGCUCCUUCUGUGCGCGCUCUGUGCGCUGGUGCGCGCCGAGGACAGCGCGCCCGCCGGGUGUAGCGCGGUGAGACAGGUGUACGGUGACAUGGGCUUCAGCUCCGGGACCGUCCCUGAGAAUGUCACGGCAGGUGACUACCUGCAGGUGUGUGUGCAGAACUGGACUUGCUGUAGCACAGAAAUGGAGAUGAAUUUCAUUGAGAGAAGUAAACAUGAGUUUGAAAAGUUUGUGGAUGUGGCCACUGAAGACUUGAGGAACACAUUUGAGUCCAGAUAUAAAAUGUUUGAUGAUUUCUUCCUUGAGCUCCUGGAGAAAACCGAACGCUCGCUGAAUGAGAUGUUCCUUCGCACUUACGGCGAUCUGUACACGCAGAACGCAGACGUGUUCCAGCAGCUGUUUUCUGAACUGAAACACUAUUACUCUGGUGAAAAUGUGAACCUGGAGGAGGCGAUCGGAGAUUUCUGGGUGCGUCUGAUGGAGCGCAUGUUCCAGCUGCUGAACUCACAGUAUGACAUCAAUGACGAUUACAUGGAGUGCGUGAACAAACACAUGGAUGAUCUCAAGCCCUUCGGUGACGUGCCAAAAACUGUCAAAGUUCAGGUGUCGAGGGCGUUUGCCGUAGCUCGUACCUUCGUCCAAGGACUCGGAUUUGGACAGGAAGUGGCUAACAAUGCAUCCAAGGUGAACUUAAGCACAUCAUGCGUUAGCAACAUCACUGAAAUGCUUUACUGCCCGUACUGCCAGGGUGCGACGGCACAGAAGCCGUGUAAAGAUUAUUGCCUUCAUGUCCUGAAGCUCUGUUUAAGGUCUCAACUCGGAAUGGAUGACGACUGGACACGCUACAUCGACGCGAUGUUGCUGCUGAUUGAGAGACUCGAAGGACCGCUUAACAUCGAGUCCGUCAUGGAGCCGAUCGACGUCAAGAUUUCAGACGCCAUCAUGACAAUGCAGGAGAAAACCAUGGAGCUGUCGUAUAAAGUUUUUCGUGGUUGUGGUCAGCCAAAGCUUUUGGAAAAGAUCAGAGUUUCUCGUGACGUCUCCGGCGCUUUCGAUGCCAGAUUUACAACGACCGAGUCGACUGGAACAAACCUACAAAAACUAGUAUUGGAUGUUAAGGCGAAACUGUCCCAGUUUAAGUCGUUCUGGUCGUCGCUGCCUGAGAUUGUGUGUCAGGAUGAGAACGUAGCGGCAGGAGCCGAGGAGACGAGCUGCUGGGACGCAGGGACACAAGACUGGAACGUCUCUGAAGCCUUUGAUGAAUUGCUUUUCGAUUACCCGGCGGUGGCCAGCACACUAAGGCGAGCUUACAACGGCUACCAGACGCACGACGAUGACACCAGUGAUGAGAUGAGUGGAUCGGGAAGUGGGAGUGGCUGUAUGGAGUCGUGUGUUCCUCCGGUUCCCCCUCUCUACACUGAAAACCCAAAGACAGAAGAGUCCUCCACCUCACGCCUCCACCCAUGCAACUUCCUCCUCCUCCUUCUGUUGGUUCUGUCCAUCCUCACAUCUCUCGAUCAGCAGAGUUAAUACUUACAGCCCUCUGUGUUCAUUAGUAUAAGGUGGCUCGAGGACUGCAGGAUGGAGAAAGUGAAAACCGACUAAAUGGAUGUUCACCUCCGUCGUUUAUUUCUUCUUCAGUUUCUUCUUUUAUCUCCAGUUAAUAACCACUGCGAUUUUUCCUGCUUUCAUUGUGUCUUUAACAUCCUUUUGGUUAACACACUUCUUUUAGGACCAUUUUAAAGGUGCUUUGAGUAGAAUUUGGGCUGGUCAGCUUGUUUACCCAGGUGCCUGAAUCCUGCCUGUCAGAGACCACGUUAGCAUUCAGUUUCAGCCACUUUACAGUUAGCAGUUAGUUCAUAUUUAAUACUUUUCUUGGGGGUGGAGUAAAGUGUCAAUGUCCAGAACAUAUACAAUCCACUUGCUCUGUUCACCAGAUAUUUCCACAUUAGUGCAAGAAUAACAGAAAUAAAAAUUAAUUAAUAAAGUAUCUUGGAUAAAUAUUCAUGCUCUUGAACUUCUCCACAUUUUGGAGUGUUAUAACCUGGAAUUGAAACAAUCAAAUUUUAAUAUCAUGUAAAAUGAAAUAUUUUGGUUUUUAAUGCUGAAGCAUGGUGGUGGGAGCAUCACGUCAGCUUGAAUGUGCAAAUGGAUCAUAAGGGUAGAGGAAAAGCUGGAUGGAGCUAAAUACAGGGAGAUCCUAGAGAAAAUGUGUUCUACUUCACAAGUGACUUCGAGAUCCCAUAGAGACAUAAUCCUGAAGAAUUUACAGCUAUAAUUGAGUCUUAACCUAACAAAAUAUCUGCUUUUUUUUUUUUUUUUAAAGAAAAUGAACAAAAAAAGGGAUAUUUUGCACCUUCAAAUGUCAGUUUGUGUGAAUUAAACAGUAAAAAAACGAACAGAAGUCUGCUUCGGUACCAGGAUGUAACAUUAAUGAAUGUGGUUAUGGUUGGAGUCUAUGAAAGAAAUGAAGCCUCGUGAAACUUCAAUACACAGUCGUGUGUGUGUGUGUGUGUGUGUGUGUGUGUGUGUGUGUGUGUCUGUGUUUAAACAGAGAUCAGAUGACAACCAUGUUUUGAGCAGAAAAUAAAAAAAAUCAUUUACGCACCAAAAUAUAAAACAUGUAGAAUGUACACGAAGCACUUUGCUGUGGUGGUGUUGAGAGAUGUAAUGCAUCUUAAUUCUUAUCUGUAAUUCACAUUAAAAUUCAUAUAGACACACAAUGCAAAAAAAAGAUAAUAAGUCAGUGGCCACUUAAAUAGGAACAGGUGCCUGUGUUCAUCCAUGCAUUUCUUAACAUGUAGCUCUGUUCAACUGUGUUUAUCCACUUCACUGUUUUCUGCUCACUUUACAUUUUAUGUCAGCUUGGUGAACCUUAGGAUUUGAACCCACAACCUUCCGGUCAGUAGUCGAACACUGUGACCACCAGGCUAUUACAUCCCACACUUAUAAAGAGAGCUUAUUUGUUUGCUCUGCCACCACACGUACAGGCAGGUGUACAGGUAUUCCUAUUAAAGUGGCCGGCGUAUAAAUACAUAUAUGUGUGACUAAUGUAAUUCAUAAAGGAAUCUUAUUUCCAAGUCUGAGUGCCUUAUCGAUGCUAAAACAUGUCGCAUAACUACAGAAAGCUCAUUUCACAUGUUAAUUUUCAUUUCAAUGCAGAAAUAAACAGAAAUGUCUUUGAAA